AGCUAGAGAACAUAGCAAGGAAUAGAUACAUGAUUGGAAGACUGAAUUUGACAUAAAGUACCUCUACAGCAUCACCAUGCCGCCGAUAUUGGAGCAUAAGUACCCGUUUCGCAACACUCUGUUGCGGUACAAGAUUCCCGCUCGGCGAUUCCCGAAGCAAAAUUUAAGGCUACCACUAGGUAACUUCUGUCGUAAACAAUCCCCUCAUCGUCAAGCUGCAUACAACUUUCUACCUACCCGAGAGAUUCCUGGAAAAAGGAUUCACUUGUUCAAUAGGUACGCGUAUAACGUCCGCCCUAGUACAGGCUCGAGAGAUUACUAUGUGAAUAGCUGCAAAACCUAUGUGAAUAGCUGCAAUAGCGUCUGGGAAAUCUUAGGCAGCUCGCCGAAUAGAUUCAAUUCAUCAGCUGCAAAACCUUAAUCCCUAAGAAACCAACUCCGAGAUCUGGCAUUAGAGGGCUUCGGCCAUGAGGAGGUCCUGCAUGUGCUCAAUCUGCUCUUCGUCGGUGCAUACUCGAUGCACUUGGGACUCUGCGAGUUCGAUCAUCUGGAAAGGAUACAAGACCUGACGACGGCCAUCGUGAACCGCCAUCCCUAUGUUCUGUACAUAGAUCUCUGGGGUAACGCCUUGAGGGAUCAUGGCGUGUACGAACUUCUGCUGAGGAAAAGAGCUGGACCGAUUUUCCGAAACUUGAGAGUUCUGAAUUUGAGCAGAUGUGGGCUUACGAGUGUGGGGUACUUUGAACGCUUAUAGCAUGUACUCCUUGACACAAAUUGUUCUUUCCCGCGAUUUACACGACGACUUCCUUUUGAAUUGUUUGACCACCAUGACCAGUCACUCAAUAUUCUUAAAUUUAACCUCCACGACCAGCCUCGCGCACGUUUUUCGUUUCAUGAACGAGGGAAGCCGUGCCAACAAUAUCCGAGCCUUGUCUUUCGCGAACAACCGGAUGUCCUACAUCUCCACUGAGCUUUUUAUUGCCUCGAAGAGCAUCUUCCUCUUAGCUUUGGACCUCUCAGAUGCCGAACUUGGUGUGCGCGGUGCAAACAUUAUCUCAAAUUACAUCCGCGACAACUUUGCCUUACGGCUUUUGGGGCUGUCUUUUAAUCGGUUCAGCGGACCUGGUGUGAUGAAGAUCUUGAACGCAGUGAUAUCGCAGAUAGAGUUUUCGUUGCGUCAACUACAACAGGGGUUUGCGAUAACCGAAAGCAGAAGAGGCUUGCAGCGUCUAUGUCUGCGUGGCAACGGUGCUUUGGAUCGGAAGUCGCUUUCAAGCCUGUUUAGGCUGUUGGAUUAUGGCUGGUUUCUAAUAUUCGUAGCAUGGUGACGAGUGUCGUGAAGGUGAGUACAAGGAGCAUUCGCAAUUGAAUGGGCAGUUUUAAUCUUGAUCAACAAAAAUCCUUUUCCUAUCUCUAAUCCAGACUCUGUCCAUGGGCACCGUGGCACCGUUUGGAAUAUGUUGAUAUGAGGCUAUGCAUCGUGGAUCAACUCUUGUGGGCGAAGUUUCAGUCAAUGAUGCGCGAUACCGAAUGCGACUACGGAGAAAUGAGCGACGUCAUUAGGGAUGUGCCAGAGAAUGCAGGUAAUAUCUUACCAUGCAUUUCAACAUGUUGAUCAAGAUCAUCCAUUAUUCACAAGUUCCUUUGAGAUUGAGUAAAAAAAAUGAACAAAAUAACAUCAGAUGAUUCAAGCUGUCGUCUUUGCAAUGCCAACGUUCAGUUCCAACCAACGCGGCCCCAGGUAUCGCCUCAGGCGCAGAGCAUGAGUGCAUCACGGGAAUGGUUCACGGUUUAGACUUGCGUGGGUUCGUAUUGCGACCACCAACAGAGUACUUUUUUGACUCUAUCAAACAAAACACACUGAGGAAAGAGGAUUUGGAAGGGGCAUUGAACCUGACAAAGAUGUUCGCUCCUAGUGGCAAGACGAGACAAACUUUAGCAGAUGAGGAGUACAGGCUGCGAGCACUAGUGGAUCGGGAUAGGAUUAUGAAUACUGCAGUUAAUUCCAUAGUGUGAUUUUUCGAAGUGAGUUUGAAGACUCUAGUACUGAGAUCACGGACUACUGCUUAUCCUUAUGGCCAUUAGAUAUCGGAUAUUUUGAUGUCCUAAUCAGUACUACUAAUAGUUACAGUUACGGACGACCUCACCAUUCAUCUAAUCCUCGUCGCGCACAGCAACCCCAAACUGAAAGCCAACACGGUCCGGGAAUGCCUAGUCAGAGUCAGACGAGCAAGUUUUUGUUCGUGGACGACGCACAGGUCUAUGCAUGUGACACACCACAACAAGGCAUCAGUGUCGAAUCACCAAGAAUGCACACCUCUGGUACCGGUUUUACUUUCUCUCGGCAAGCAGGUGGCGCAUUCCCAGACUUUCACGAUCAGCAUACAGAUGGGAUUCCGCGAUCCUAUUCCAGCAAUGACGCACUACCACCUUCGAGCUCUUUUCCUAUGCGACCAGAAUCUUCAGCGGAAGUACCUCUACAGGCUUCGCGACUGAAGCAAGGUGGGAGGGGAACAUCUUCGAGUAGUAGCAUGGGACCGCCUGCUUCAGGGAGAAGUAGAACUGCAACUGCGAGUAGUCCUGGCUGUAAUACUAGUGCUGCUGGUAGUCCUCACCAUCAUCAGAGAAGUAAUCACAGGGCCGGACCGAACAAGAUAGACCACGAACUAGUGGAUUUGCGACCUCACUUUCCGAUCCUCAACGAAGGCAACCUUUUCGCGGAUGCGCCGUCGGUCUCGGAAACUGAAGACACUGGAGGUGUCGAAGCAGAGGGUUCGCCCGAUAGUCCUGAUACUGGAUACCAGGCGCAGGAAGCAGUACCUCUAGCAGGAGCUGAAACACCAGGCAAGGAGGGCGAAGGGGAAGGCCAAGAGGGCCAGGGCGACGAACUGCCUAUAAAUGCAAGAAAUCCAGCAACACCUAAAGUCGUUAUUUCCUCAUCUUCUUCUGCUGCUAAUGGUAAUGGAGGUGGAGGUGGCGAUCUUAGUAUUGGAGUAAAUGGGCCAAGCAUAAGAGCUUCGGCAAGUUCUUCUAGUAGAGCAGCCGGCUUUAAAACAGUGGAAGAAAGAGACCAAUGGGAAGUGUCGACACAGCUAGCGGGAUUUGAUAACGUGAAUCCAGCACCAAAAAAGAAGCGGCCUGGGAUAGUUCCACCAUCCAAGGUAGCAAUAUGUAUACGAGAAUUUUGUUUCUCUUUUAUUAUUUGUCUUUCGUCCUAGGACUUCUACUCUUCUUGCAGACAGAUCAAGAUCUGAUUUUUCACUCCCCAGAUCGAUCCCGCAUCGCUGAUUCCAAUCGAAGGGAUCGAUCGUUCCACAAUACGGCCAAAGCUUCAAAAAUCAGUGGAUUUUGGGGAAUUCUUAGCUUCUUCCUUCAUGGAAGAUGCAUCUCCGGCUCCCUCUCCGACGGACGACUUAAUGGGUGCGAGCAUAUCGCACGAGCAACUGUUGCCAUUGGACGAGCUGGGCGGCGUAAGUUCCAUAAGUAAUGCUGGUCCUCCUGCCGCGAAGAGCAUGUCAACAUCUACUGCACAGAGUGGCAUUCCAGGACUACAACAAGGUCUUCCUCCACCCGCCAAUUGGACACAGUUGGGCGCACCUCCAACCGGCCUAGGCCUUGCCUCUUCCGUAGCACCACCUACAGCACAUCAGAAGUCACAGCGAUCAGGAGGAAUAAAAACAUCCACAAGUACUGGACAACCACUUCAGAUUCAUCAGAAAAUGAAACGUCAAUUAGUCUCCACGUCUUCGGUGCCUCAGGGUGGUAAUCAGAUGGUAGCAAGUAAUAAUCAAGGUGGUAAUCAGAUAGCAUCUUCUAGUACCAGAAGUCCUCGGAUGCAGCGUGCGCGGUCGGCUAGGAUGCGGGCUUUAGUCAAGGAGUUCGGAGAGUGUGAAGAUCCUGCUAUAGUGGGUGCGCGGACUCUAGAAAAGCCGCCACUGUUGCACUCAAGAGUGAAAAAUGACAAAAUUUUUCAUCGAGGCUUUGCGGAGUACAGGUUGAAGCGGAAUUUGCGGAACGAAGUGGAGGAAUUCGAACACAUGCUAGCGAUUUUGGAGAGGGAAAAAGCAUGGCUUGAUUGAGGAGAUCGAUGAUAGUGUAGCGUUAGAUUCUCAUUUGCAGAUGAUAGAAAUGAACUUUCCGAUGAAAUGAACUUACUUACUACAUUCUUGUUGAACACGAUACCGAUAAGAUACCGCUUCCUUCCUUUGAUUCAAUCUUGCUUGUACUACUACUACUUCUAGAGGGGAAAACCAUAACUGUAUAGUGCUUCGAGCUUUCCUGAGAAUAUAGUAUUGGAAAUUGAAACAGUAAACAAAUCAUGUUGGCUCCUCACUUCUAUGAAAAUGUACCAAGUUGCUCUUGUCGUUGAUUUUUCGUUUCAGCUGCGUUGUUGCGUGUCAUAUAAUACUGCAAUGUUGCGCGUCAGAAGUCAAAUAAUACUGCUAUGGAACUACAAACUCAAAUAUUCAUGUAAUAUGCAGAUCUGACCAAGAUGAUCAGCAUGAUCGGAGCGAACACAAAGUCUAUCAUUCUACUUCUACAUCAGGAGAUGAUGAAUACCUCAAGGUGUGGAAGUAUUGUUGAAAACAGAAUGUACAGAUAUUCUUGACAAUGCUUAUCUGCAGACCUCUCAUCUCAACACAG